AUGUGUCGUCACAUAAACCGCAAAACAUGCGAUAAAGGAAAACUCAGCACCUUUCUCUCUCUCUCGCUCUUGCUCUCUCUCUCUCUCUCUCUCUCUCUCUCUCAGAAUCUCUCUCUCUCUCUCUCUCUCUCUCUCUCAGAAUCUCUCUCUCAGCAUAUCUCUCUCUCUCUCUCUCUCUCUCAGAAUCUCUCUCUCUCUCUCAGAAUCUCUCUCUGUGUCUCUCUCUGUCUCUCUCUGUCUCUCUCUGUCUCUCUCUCUCUCUCAGAAUCUCUCUCUCUCUCUCAGAAUCUCUCUCUGUGUCUCUCUCUGUCUCUCUCUGUCUCUCUCUCUCUCUGUCUCUCUCUCUCUCUCUCUCUCUCUCUCUCUCUCUCUCUCUCUCUCUCUCUCUCUCUCUCUCUCUCUCUCUCCAUUUACGGAACUCUGCAUUACAACGAGUGGAUCACCAUCUCUGCCGAUCCCUCGGUACCCCAUGCCCGUGUUGGUCAUGCGGCCUCGCAAGGCAGCAACAAUCGCUCCAUGGUGGUCUUUGGCGGUCGUCCCUCCCGCGUCAAUGAAUGGGAUGUGACCCACCACGACUCCUUGGCAGACACCUGGCAGCUCCGCUGGACGUCGACUGAAGGGGACUGGAUGUGGGAGCGGGUCGUCCUGGCCGAUCAGACUGUCACUCCCCCGGUCCGCUUUGGUCACGUGAUGGAAACCGUGACCAUCGGCUCGGACGCCCAGCGAAUGGCCGUUCUUUUCGGUGGCUCCAGUUGUUUUGAGGAUUAUGACGAUAUUUGGACCCUUGACCUCAACACCAUGACCUGGAAUAACGUGACGCCAGACUGGAAUGACACGUCGCGCGGCCCGCUGCCUCGUGCAGAUAUGGCCAGCGCCGUCAUCAAUGACCAGUUGAUUGUCGUCCACGGCGGUCAACCUUGUGCCGGCACCUGUAACCUCAACUCAACUGCGCACACCCUUACCACUCCGAAUCAAGAUUCCGCCCUGGCCUGUGAUCUCAUGAUGCUCAGCAUCAAUGCGAGUGUACCCGCUUGGACUCGGCUAGAGGCUAUCAACCGCACCCACUGCCCUGUUGAUCGCUAUUGGCACUCCCUGACCUUUGACACCAACACCCAGUCCCUGCUCCUUUACGGAGGCUUGCAAGCAGGAACCAGUCUGCCUGCCCCCAACGUUCUCGGCGAUCUUUGGCAAUUCCACCUCAGCACUCAAACCUGGUCCUGUCUAGACAAUUGCCUGUUCACGGCUCCUGCCUCGCCUGGCACCGCCAACGGCCUGCAAGGCCCCGCUGCACGCUUCGACCAUGCAGCCGCCAUGGACAACGGGCAACUGCUCAUCUUUUUUGGCCGCUUUGAUACGCUCACCUAUGCUACAGACAUGGUAUGGCGCUACGUCUUGGCCAAUCAUACCUGGGAUCUUGUCCUGAGUGAUGCACAAACGUACCCGGAACUUCGUGGUGGCAUCACUGCCGUAACGGUGGAGCUGCCAGCCAAUAGCAAUCUGCGUACAACCGCCGAGGGCCUCGGCACGGGCAUCAUGCUCUUUGGGGGCGAGCGCCAGUACUCCUGGUCUUUGGGCAGCAGUUACAAAGAAGCUUGGAUCAUGCGCCUCGAGACCCAUGCUACUCCCGACACAGAUGACGACGAUGCUUCCUCUCCAAACGAUUUCUCCGUUGUUCGUGCAGGCUUUUAUCUCCAGAACAGCGUGUCAUAUCCAGCCCCACGAACGGACUUUCCCUCAGCUUUCCUACCCCUCCGUCGUCUCUGGGUCAUGCAUGGUGGCGUCUCUGAGGGACAAGGCUUUCUUCAAGACACAUGGCUCCUGGCCUACCGCGAGGAACUGGGUGAGCGCAGUGCCGGAUGGACGCGAAUCAUCAGCGACAACGCUGACACUGCCAGCUCAGCCAGCCUGCCCGCUGCGCGUGCCGGCCACCUGCUUCUUGCAACUACGACCGAACCCGACGACAACGUGCCCGAUGAUGACUUUCUCAUCAUGCUUCAGGGCCAAUGUCGCGUGAGUAAUCUAAAGCUGUGCGCAGACAUGUGGCUCUUCAACGUUACAUCAAUGCGCUGGUCCCGGAUGCUUGAGAAUGGCCGCCCGCCGCCCCGCCGUUCGGCCUCGGCUGUCUUCCUCAACGUCACCACCAUCAUGCUCUACGGUGGUCAAGUCUUGGAGGCCAACUACGACACAUUGCAGCCCGACGGUGGCAUAUACUUUUGUGCCCUCGAUGCCGAUCACGCUAGCUUUACGCGUCGGGCCACCGGCUUGGAGCUACAUGCGCGCUCGUCGGCCCCAGUGCUGGUGGCGCCUAACCGCAGUCACCAUGUUGCCGAAAUUGUGCAAUGCAAAAUCACCGCGUGUCGCAAUAUGAGCACCUCUGGUCGCACGCUCUCCUUUGUAGUCGUUUUUGGUGGGCUGCAGUCCGCAGCAACCGACGCCGAGCUUCAGCAUCGCUCACAUGGUAUCAGAGGGACCUCCAACCUGACAGACCCGACGCGUCUAGGCGAUGACACAUGGAUUUUGGCCCUAGAACCCUCCUCGCACACAGCCACCUGGAUCGAGCUGACCAGCAUCGUCAAGCCCUCUCGUCGGUGGCAAGCGGCGUCAACGACCUUUGGCGCUUGCAAGGUCAUCGUCACGGGCGGCUUCUCCGAUUCGGAUGUUCUCGCUGACACUUGGUUGCUAGAUCUUUGCUCUGAUUCACACGUGUGGAUGGAACUGCGCAUGCUUGACCAAACCGCGGCCUUGGCGCGUGCGAGCCACUCACUGCUGCGAAUCAGCACCAAUAUUGCCCCCAACAUCACGUUGGCCAGUACAGCCAACAGCCCCAACUACGCCCUUCUCAUUGUUGGUGGAACCUCCCUCGACCGGCGACCCGUUGAAGCAGAAGAGAUUCCACAGGCAAGUGUCUAUUUGGCGACUGCAUCGUGCAAGCCCUGUUUGCGAGGUGCCUACACGGAGGCUGCUGGCGAAACGGCCUGCACAGCAUGCCCAGCCGGCACCACGACGGUCGAGGGCGAUGUUAGCUUUCUCGACUCGGGCCCGGACUCAUUGGCAUCUUGCUCCGUUUGCGUACCAGACUUUUGUCAUCACGGCUACUGUCGAAUUGACAACAUGACUUCAGAGCCCGUUUGCCACUGCCAAAUUUGGUACACGGCGCAAUCCAGAUGCCAGCACUGGCAGUGGUGGGUGUUUUUGAUCCUGGCCGUUCUCAGCAGUUCAGUUGUGGUGGGCAUCACGUACUGCCUCUUGCGUCGCAGCUUCAGCAAGCCGCUCAGCAAGUUGCAACGCAACCUGGAGCAACGAACAGAGCAGGCCUUGACUUUGGCUCGGGUGUUCCAAAUUCAAUGGAGUGAGCUCAAACUGGAAACCAGGAUUGAUGCAGCCGCCAUGGGCACAUAUGGUCAAGUGUGGCGCGCCAAGUAUCACGACCGAUCUGUUGCCGUCAAGCUCCUUAAUCCGGUGAUGGUCCACAUGGAUGAAAAUUUGACCAAUGAUUUUUUUCGCGAAAUCAGGAUGAUGCGCAUGAUUCGACACACCAACUGCGUGUUUUUCUACGGUGCUGGACAGGAGCCAGAAAAAGGCAGCCCAUUUUUAGUAACGGAGUACAUGGAGCUCGGCAGCUUAUCUACGGUGCUGAAGGAUGGAUCAUAUCCGCUUGACUGGGCUCGACGCUUGGCCUUUGCCCUGGAUGCUGCGCGGGGCAUGGAACACCUUCACACGCGCACGCCUGUCUGUCUGCACCGCGAUCUCAAGUCUCUUUCUCUGUCUUUGUCUCUGUCUCUGUCUCUGUCUCUGUCUCUGUCUCUGUCUCUGUCUCUGUCUCUGUCUCUGUCUCUGUCUCUGUCUCUGUCUCUGUCUCUGUCUCUGUCUCUGUCUCUGUCUCUGUCUCUGUCUCUGUCUCUGUCUCUGUCUCUGUCUCUGUCUCUGUCUCUGUCUCUGUCUCUGUCUCUGUCUCUGUCUCUGUCUCUGUCUCUGUCUCUGUCUCUGUCUCUGUCUCUGUCUCUGUCUCUGUCUCUGUCUCUGUCUCUGUCUCUGUCUCUGUCUCUGUCUCUGUCUCUGUCUCUGUCUCUGUCUCUGUCUCUGUCUCUGUCUCUGUCUCUGUCUCUGUCUCUGUCUCUGUCUCUGUCUCUGUCUCUGUCUCUGUCUCUGUCUCUGUCUCUGUCUCUGUCUCUGUCUCUGUCUCUGUCUCUGUCUCUGUCUCUGUCUCUGUCUCUGUCUCGGUUUCGGUUUCGGUUUCGGUUUCGGUUUUGGUUUCGGUUUCGGUUUCGGUUUUGGUUUCGGUUUUGGUUUCGGUUUCGGUUUCGGUUUUGGUUUCGGUUUCUGUGUCUAUUCUCGUGUUUUUUGUUUUUUACAUGCAACUUGCUGGUCUCCUCGUCUUUGACAGUCAAGGUGGCAGACUUUGGAACAUCAACUUUGUUUGACCUGACAGCAGCCAGCGGCUUUCAAAACCUCUCGCCACGUCAACGCAUGCUGUCCGUGGCCGAGGACAGUGACAACGAAGACAACGACGAAUCUGACAACUACGAUGAAUCUGCUACGCUGCUACGCCAUGUGGAUGCGCGCCGUGAAACGCGUCGUUUGCAGUCAACAUCAGUGCCCCCUGUGACCAUUCGUGUGGGGACGACUCAGUUCCUGGCUCCGGAAACGUUUGAUGGACGCAACUACUCGGUCCAUUCAGAUGUAUUUGCCUACGGCAUGGUGUUGUUUCACAUUAUGACACGGCAUGCGCCGCUCUAUCCAAUGGAGCUCUGCAUUGGCCCCUCUCUCAUUUUGCGCAAAGCCAUUGCAUCCGGCUUGCGACCAGAGCUACCAGAGGCCUACCGGCAUGUGUUUCCCACUUCGAUCAAGUGCUUGAUGGAAGCGUGCUGGGUAGCCUGUCGCGAGGAUCGGCCGUCUUUCCCGGAAAUUGUGCAGACAUUGGAGAACAUUCGUGACAUUGAGCUGCUGCGCAGCGUGGGCGAAUGGGGCCAAUUGCCGCCUGGAGAAAACAUCUCGGUGCCCCAGCGUCGGCGGGCCUAUUCCGAUAGUGAGCGUACCGGCCUGUCUUUUCCCAGCGCGCCACUUGCAUUCUCUGUCAACUCGUAG